AUGGAUAUCAACCACUACGAACCAACCGCACCGUCCAUUAUUGAUAGCGAGUCAACCCUCAUCAAACAAGAAAUCCCACCACUUCUUCCUCCAAGACCGCACUCAGACACCUCCAACAACAUUCUUCCCACCUCCGAGCAGACGCAGUACGAUCCAAUCCUAGAACCUAAGCUCGAUAAAACAACUGCACCAUUGGUCAUAGAUUACGACCCAAGUCCGACCGAAAAAGUGAAGCCGCAUCGGAUCCGUCGAGGACCGGUUUCACAAGCUUUUUACAAUGGCAUUCCCAAGAAUGAGCCAUUCCAACCAGCUCCGAGUCCAAUACUCGAUUCUGCGCCGAUGGCACCAACUGUUGCUCAGCAGCUUCACCAUCGGACUCAGUCUACCCCAAUGGCAGCAACAACAACGCAGCAGGGUCAAUCUCGGAAGGCAUCAAUCCCAGGAGAACCGAAACCGCUAAAUACAAUACAGCUGAAUCAACGACGGCGUUUUUCUACAGCCCACCCUCUUAUUUUGCAACCGACUCAUGCCGUACCCCGAUCAGUUACGAUGGCAGAUAUUCAGGCACCGUCAAUUCCACGAAAGACACGCCAAAAUUCAGUCGACAUGGGUAUGGCAUCUCCAAAUUAUACUCCAUAUGCACCGCCAAAGUCGCAAAAAGCUGCUCUUAUGCAAGGUCUAAAGUCCGCUCAACCUCUUCUGGUUGAAGCCGUAUCAAGAGCAUCCAACCGCGCUAGUCAUCCGUCUUCAUCAAUCAACACGCCGCCCAUGACUCGCCCUCCCACACCUGAGUAUUCUAAUUCCAGAACGAUCACGCCGGAUGUGUCUGCGACGCCACCUCUGUCGCGGUCAACAUCUUAUGCGUCGUUUGACACAGCAUUGACAACUCCCAUGGAAACGCAAACCGUAUCUUCAGAUAAGCCUCAAAUCACCACCCCGACCAUAACCUUUACGCCAUCUACCGCUACCCUGAUCCCGCCAAAGCACCUUACCAUUCCAAUCAGAAUCCGCUUCAACCCAUACGCCUCCAUCAAACUCUCCAAAAACCAGUCCGCCUCCGCAUCUAGCUGCAAACUACCAACAACCACUUACUCUCUUGGUCAAUUCGUCUUCACGGUCCAUGUGCCAGCGGAGUCAGGCGUUGAUCUCUCGCUUCUAGCGCACAACAUAGAAGAUCGCUUGGCCGCUCAUCUCAAGGCGUACGGUCGAUCCUUUGCGGAUGAGAUGUAUCAGGUUUCUGCAAUUCAGGGAAGGGCAAGAAAUGGGAACAAGAAGGCAAAGGAUAUGGCACCAGAAGUGCUCGCCGGAGAAGAAGGGACAGUUCAGAUUUUGCAGACGAUGGAUUUCGAGAAGUGGGUGAGGGGAUUGGAUGUUGUUGUUUUUGGGAAGAAGGUUUAUAGACCGAGAUGUUGUGGGAAGUGUGGGGGGAAGUUUUGUUGUUAG